AUGGAUGAAACGGACGACAUUCUUGAUAGGUUAUUUGAUCAAAGUAAGGGUGCGAUCGGUGAUGGUGAUACCGAAAAAGCUUUAGUAUCAUUGACGACCAUUAGAGAAAAAUUACAAAGCAGAUGGUCAAAUUACCGAAAAUUAGCUGAUGAUUCGACAGAAAAGCUGCAAUCGGUGCCAGUCGAGCUCUCUCCUACCACUGGAAUCUCAUUGAACGUUGAUGUGUCAGAUAAAGAUUGGAUCGAAAAAUACGCUUAUUCUUUAUCUCAUGAUGACUUGGACUCAAGCAGACUUAAAUUAGAGGAAUUAAGUUCAUUAAUCGAUCGACUAUUCAAACAAAAUAUCGAAUCACUAAGUGAGUAUUUUAACAUAAUGAGAAAAUGUGUUAGAUUACGAACAGUGUUAAGGUCAUUGAGAGACAACAUAAUAGCUGUGAAGAGUAGCGAUUUGGAACAAUUGAAUUUACUUAUCAGUUUGGACAAAAAGAUCACAAAUGGAGUUUAUGAACAAAAAGGAAGAUUUGCAGAAAGUCUAUUGAGAAACACUGCCCUUCUUUUUGCCGGUAUCCCACUGACGAGGGAACGCAUUGAAUUUCAUUGCAGUCAAUUGAUAGCUCUAUUUGAUACGAGGACGGUGGACGAUAAGAAUAAGUAUCUAUUCGAAGAUGUUUUAAAAUGUUGUUUGACUAAGAAAGAAGAGCUUUUAAAUGAAUUAGAAAAUCGUGUAAAUAAUUUACGCUAUUUGGAUUAUUAUCGAAACGAAGGAGAAAAAUUAAUGAGGGAGGCGGAGGAAAACAAGAUUAAAAAAGUAAAAUUAGCAUUAGCGUCGUAUGAACAGUAUAGAGCAGCAGCAAGAACGUUAGAUAAAAACGGAAACAUACUUGAAAUAGUCGAAUUGAGAAAAUGUAUGGCAAAAUCGCUUAUUUUGGCUGAUGAGUUCGAUGCAGAAGCUGAGCUGUACACUCUAGCAGCAAUUUCAAUUCUUCUGAAAGCUCAGGAAGAAAGGAGCUCAAAUGUUGGAUUAGAAACUCGAGAAGAUUUAGUCAAACUGUUGAAAAGUCUACAAGAAAACCAUAAUGAUCGAAUAUCGGACGAUGCCAUAGAGGAUAAUGAUAAACUACAGAAUUAUGUCGAUCGUAGAAUUCGUAGUCUAAUGCUGGAACAAUAUUUGUCCAAAUCAAUGAAAGACGGGCAGAAUCUGGAUGAGUUGAAAACAGUUGAAAAAUAUCCAACAAUAGCUCGAUUCAAACAUCUUAAAAUACCGACAAUGUCAUAUGUAUUUGAAAUUGGUAUAAAUUAUCACGUCACUGGAACUUUCUCAUCUUCCAUUAUUGAACGAAUGUUAAAUGAUCCAAUUUUGAGCAGUUAUGCAGUAACACAUUUUCCUAAGGUCACAAAGAGAUCAAACGCUCCAUCUGAUCACUCCCGAUAUCAUAGCGAUUCGGCAGAUAUUGUCAAUGAACUACUUGAGAUUGGUGAAAAACCAGAGAGAGUAGCUUGGUUCCUGAUACUAAAAGGGUCCUCUUUACUGGACAUAUCAGAAGAUCCGAUAAAACUAGAUAUUAACAAUGCUGCAAACCAUUUUCUUCAAGUCAAUUCUCGUCUUGUUGGUCAACAGCGCGGUACACGUACGGGUAUCAAAGCACAUUCAUUUGUUAAUCUACUAGAACUUUCUGGUCAUAUUGCUCAAAUAAGCUACUUUCUAUUGAAAAUAAUCGAAACUCAGAAUUAUGACUAUACAAUUAUUAAAACUAUUAAGGAAUCUAUGAGUGAUAAUCAACAAUUUUUGAUGUUUUUUGACUUGCAAAUUCAAGCAUUAGAAGAUCUGCUAUUUGCUUUUGGUUAUUUCGACGACAAAUCGUUUUAUCCAUUGUUUAUUCAGACGUUAAACGAGAAUAGUAAAAUAACUUCCCAAAGAUUAAUUGUUUCAGAAAUGAGUGAAUCAUUCGUACAGUUGCAGGAAAUACCAUCAUGUAGUUCUACCGGGGUCAUGGAUGAAAAACGAUUGUUUAAUAAGAUAGUUGAAGCAUACAGGAUUGGUAGCCCGAUGUUUCAAAAAAUCAUUGAGAGAUUUCUGAUGGAUAAGGUCGAAAAUAUCGUGUUAACAGUUAAUGCUGGAGAAAAGUGUAUCCAUCUUGAACCAUAUCAACUAAAUUUUCAAACAAUUUUGCCAUAUAAACAUAGUGAUGUAUGUAGACAUAUGAAUGAGUUCGACUAUUUACCAAAAUAUUUACCAGAAUCACUAGGUUCCGUUUCGGUUACGAUGGAACCCGAUUCAAUUCAUGGACAUGUACUGGUUCCAAGUGAAAUUAUGAGACAGUUAUGUAAUGAUCAAACUAGAGAAAAUUAUUGUGAAUUUCAAGUAGCUAUCUAUGUUCAUUUUGUAACAGUCGAAACGAACAAAACUGUUUCACUGUUUAUCUUAGCUGAGCCACUGUUGAACUAUCUUGAUGCACAACUUCAAAUGGUUAAUGACAAUGCUUCGUCUAUUCAUAUUUUAAAGGAAAUAGCGCUUAUUCACCUUAAUCGGGCUUUAAACCUUUCCAAUAUUCAUCAGUUGGAUGCUUUGCAUGAAUGGCAUAAAGCUUUUGAUUCUUAUAACAAAAUUUUUGGCAUAUGUCCGACGGAUAAUGUAGCUAUAAUUGGAUAUGCGAGAUGUCUUUUAAAUUUUGGUAGAUACAAAGACGCUCAGACUUUCUUAGAAGACAAACGUAUGAUAAAAACAAAUUCUGCUGACAUAUCCUAUUUGCUUGCGGUAGCCAAGCGUAAACAACGAUUGUAUAAUGAUGCUCAGUUGAAUAUUGAAGACGCCCUUCGUGUGGAUAGUAAUCACAAAGAGGCUAAAGCAGAAGAGAAUGUAAUACGUUCAUUACGAGAAUUUUCAUCGUUGAGAAUUGAACAGAUAAUUGGACGUAGUAAAACAUACGACGAAUACAAUACAAAAAGCACAAGUAAACAUUGUUCUUCGUAUAACAUUCUUUCAAUUGAUGGUGGAGGUAUACGUGGUGUUAUUCCAGCCAUAUGGCUAGCAGAAAUUGAGCGUCGAACCAAGAAACAUUGUUCUGAUAUGUUUCAAAUGAUGGCGGGCACAUCUACAGGAGCUAUCAUAGCUGCUGGACUUGCUUGUCCAAAGCCCAGGCACAAAGCCUUUGACAUUGUUGAACUUUACACAACUCAGGGCUCGAGUAUAUUCUCACGUGUCAGCUGUUCCAAGACCUUUCAAGUAACCUUAAAAGCGGCACAAUACACAAAUGAAGGUCGAAGCAAACUCUUUAACCAAUAUUUUGGUGAGACGAAGCUUUCGGAAGCUUUGACUGACCUUGUUAUAACAUCGACAAGAGCAGACAGAAGUGUUACAUGUUUAUCUACUAGAUACGAUGGACGGCUCGAUACAACACAAAAUAUUACGUUUAAAGAUGCUCUAAUGGGUACGUCGGCUGCUCCAACUUAUUUUCCACAGUACGACUUGGAUGGACCGACUGUUGAUGGAGGUGUGCAAGCUAAUAAUCCGUCAAUGAUUGCUUACAAAGAAGCCAUACGUUACCAUGUAAAUAAAGAGAAUGUUUUUAUACUAUCACUUGGUACUGGUGAUUAUAUACCGCGUCGGCUACCUAGCAAUUCUACUCGAAAUGUGGUGUUUUGGUAUAAAAAUCGUGAAUCAGUUAUGAAAGCUAUUUUAGAUGCACCACAAAAGAACAAUGAACAGUAUCUGAGUGUUGCACUCGGCAAUAAUUAUCGUCGUUGGGAAGUUUGGCUAGAGAAGCAAGUUAAGUUAGAUGAUUAUAGCAAAGAAAAUAUAAAGAUGUUAUGUGAACUUGCGUAUGCUCGCGUCGAAGAAAUGGAAGAAUAUGAUAAUAAGAAUAGGUUGAGCCUUUUGAUUGAGCGUUUGACAGAAGAACAUAUGUGA